UACAUAAGUUCUGUCAGGUUUUAAAAAAAAUCUUUUUGUUAGAUGAUCUUUCUGUUGAAGACUCCUCUUCCAAAACAACAAGUUGACAAUAAAAUAAAACUUAAAUGUAGCUGUAUAAAAAGUCUGCAGCACAAAUUUCAACUGAAGUUAAUAUUUGCCUUCAGUGUAACAAAACAGCUGCACUGCAUAUGACACACACAGCUUCUUCACAGAGGUGAAGAGCAUGAAGGUGUGUGUUGUUCAGCUAAUAGUCUUCAUUUGCAAUUUGUUUGUUUAUGUUAAAUGUUAUGAAUGGAGGAAUUAAAGUUCAGUCAGUUGAUCUCCAUGAUUCCAGUCAGCACUGUUUCAUGCGUGUCAUGAAGAAAGUGAAGCACACAGUCUGACCAGAUGUCCCUCAGCUCAGCAGCUCCUGCAGGUCACAGCUCCAGUCCCUUCCGUGACACAAAAUAAUAAUAAUAAACUCAUUCAUAAAGCCAUCGACUUUUAUUUUGAAAAUAUGACCCCUCCGUCACUCAGCCUGCCGUAAAGUGCGUCAGUGUUGUCGUGAAUGUUUGUUGAUCUGUGCUGUCCACAGUAUCUGUAGAGCUUCAUGUAGUGUCUGUGUGAAGUGUCGGGGAUUGUUUCCUUGGACAGGAUUCAUUUAGAUAAACAACAGUUGUUCUCGGUUGUCAGUUAAAUGUUAGCAGCAGCAGUUAAACAGCAGAGAGCGCUGACGACGAUGAUGAUGAUGAAGUUGAUGAACAUGAUGAUGAUCCCGUGAUGGACACAGACGGACCGUCUCGGCUCGUUAGCCUGAGUGACAGUGAAGCACUUGAUUCGGUGACAGAUGCCAUCCGGGACAGGGCGGAGACGGAGUGUGGACACAACAGGUUCGACCCGCUUCACACGGCUUGAGAGCAGGAAACCCGGUUCCUCCCGCGCGGCGUUUGUCACAACGGACGUUUUAACGGCUGGUUAGCUAGCACAUCAGUUAGCCACUCAGUUAGCUAACAACAAACUUCACGUCAGACGCUGCGAGCUCUGCUGCUGCCGUCGUACAAACAAUGUCCCUUUUUUUUAAGCUGGUGAGUAGAUCAGAUUAAGUGCGAUUAAACGGGAUCCUCAACCUCUUCAUCUGCUGGCAUGGAGUCGGACGACGAUGUGCCUCUCAUCUUGACCUGGGACGAGGCAAACAGCGGGCUGCUCAGCGAGGAGGCUGAGAGAGGAGACGAAAGCAGGCAGCUGGUUGCCGUGAGGAUCAGACCCAUAACGAGAGUCCGGUAGUGAUCUCAUCGUACGCCUCGACGUUAGAACUAGGCUGCACCGAUGGAGGAGGAGGCAAUUAUGACAUAGUGAACAACGCUGUGAUCUCCACGCCUGGGCCCCAGAACCACAGAGGCCAAAAUGUGUCCUUACGGCAGAGCUGGGAGAUGAACUACCAAGAAGCAGCCAUCUACCUGCAGGAGGGAGAGAACAAUGACAAGUUCUUCACCCAUCCUCGAAACCCGAAGGCGCUGGCAGCGUACCUGUUCGCCCACAACCACCUGUUCUACAUGAUGGAGCUUCUGACGGGCCUCCUGCUGAUGAUGCUGUCUCUGUGUGAAGCUCCCGCGGUGCCCUCGCUGCGCCUGGACGUCUACGUCCACGCCACUCUGGAGCUGCUGGCUUUGGUUAUGGUGGCGUUUGAGCUAUGCAUGAAACUUCGCUGGUUGGGUUUCGGCACCUUCAUACGACACAAGAGGACAAUGGUGAAGACGUGUGUGUUGCUGCUGCAGUUCGUGGAGGCCAUAGUGGUUCUGAUCAGACAGACGUCUCACGUCAGAGUGACUCGAGCUCUCAGGCCAAUUUUCCUGGUGGACUGUAGAUACUGCGGCGCUGUACGCAGGAAUUUGCGUCAGAUCUUCCAGUCCCUCCCACCUUUUAUUGACAUCCUCCUACUGCUGCUCUUCUUCAUGGUUAUAUUUGCUAUCUUGGGUUUCUGUCUCUUCUCUCCAAACACUUCUGACCCGUACUUCAGCACUCUGGAGAACAGCCUCGUCAGUCUGUUUGUGCUGCUGACCACAGCAAAUUUCCCAGAUGUGAUGAUGCCGGCGUACUCCAAGAACCGCUGGUCCUGUGUUUUCUUCAUUGUUUACCUCUCCAUAGAGCUCUACUUCAUCAUGAACCUGCUCUUGGCUGUGGUGUUCGAUACAUUUAACGAUGUCGAGAAGAUGAAGUUUAAAUCUCUUCUGCUUCACAAACGCUCUGCCAUUGACCACGCCUUCCAGCUGCUGGUUAGCCGCCAGAGGCCGAUGGGCGUGUCGCUCAAACAGUUUGACGGUCUGAUGCGGUUUUACAGACCUCGGAUGUCUGCAAGAGACCGCUUCCUCACAUACAAAGCUCUGAACACCUCGGGGGCGCCUAUGCUCAGUUUACAGGACUUUUAUAAGUUCUAUGAGGUCACAGGCCUUAAAUGGAAGGCGCGGCGCAGUGGAGAGCAUUGGUUUGAUGACCUUCCACACACGACCUUCCUCAUUUUCAAAGGCAUCAACCUGCUUGUGAAGUCAAAAGGCUUCCAGUAUGCCAUGUAUGCGGUGGUGGCCAUCAAUGGUGUGUGGAUCCUCGUGGAGACGUACACGCUGAAUAGUGGAUUUUCUUGGUCCAGAUUUGUCCCCUGGAGUUACAUUGUUUUUCUGACCAUUUACGGUGUAGAGGUGUUAUUGAAAAUUUCAGGUUUGGGGCCGAUGGCUUAUUUCAGCUCUGGGUGGAAUCUGUUUGACUUCUCAGUGACUGUGUUUGCCUUCCUGGGUCUGAUCGCUCUCGCCUUUGAUAUGGAGCCGUUUUAUUUCAUCGUAGUUCUCCGACCCCUUCAGCUGCUCCGGCUGUUUAAGAUAAAGCAGAGGUAUCGUAACGUGUUGGACACCAUGUUCGAGCUCUUCCCCAGGAUGGCCAGUCUGGGCUUGACCUUAAUCAUCUUCUACUACUCCUUUGCCAUUGUGGGGAUGGAGUUCUUCGCAGAUGUGGUUUACCCCAACUGCUGCAACGCCAGCACAGUGGCAGACUCCUACAGACAGAUCAACAUCACCAUUGGCAACAAGACAGUGUUGGAAGAGGGCUAUUACUAUCUCAAUAACUUCAACAACAUUCUCAGCAGCUUUGUGACUCUGUUUGAGCUGACUGUGGUCAAUAACUGGUACAUUACCAUGGAAGGAGUCACCUCUAUGACGAGCCACUGGAGCCGACUCUACUUCAUGACCUUUUACAUAGUUACCAUGGUGGUGAUGACCAUCAUUGUGGCGUUCAUUCUGGACGCAUUUGUCUUCCGAAUGAACUACAGCCGCAAGAACCGGGAACCAGUAGAGAACCCAGAGGAUGAAAACGGGAUAGUAUUUGAAGUAGAGGUGAGUCGAGACGAAGCUCUGGCCACUCUGGAGCUGUACAAACAGACCUGCCCGGGUCAGUCCUCCCUCAGCUCCCUACAGGGGGUCCUGACAGCCAUGGACAGAGGAGGGCACUUGUCUCUAGUGUACCUUGGCCGUAGGUCUAGAACGAAGAGUGACCUCAGCAUAAAAAUGUACGAGGAGGAGAUACAGGAGUGGUAUGCCGAGUAUUCGAGGGAAAACCUGCCUCAGUCCGACCAAAGCCUGGAGCUGGAUCCGGAGAGUCCCGCCCCUGACCUGUCUACCUGCCCAGAGCCGCAGCUCAACUCACAGACUGGACCUCACAGCAUCAACUAACGCACACUUUGCAGGCAGAGCAUACACACCACCAUCGCAGCAUUUUUUAUUUUUAAAUGCUAAGGAACGCCAUCACUCCAGGUCGCUUUCAGUUUCCCCGCUCACGAUCCUCAUUUGGCACAGCUGGGAAACUGGUCCGGGACCUUUUGGACUGUCGGGAGAGUGAGACGAGUUAUUGAUGACUGAAAGAAGGACAGCAGUGCAGCUCUGUCCCUCGAACAGUGAAGCGGGAAUGUUGCCCUCUUUUGGCCUUUUCAAAGACUGCAGCAAGUAUUACCAGAGCCUGCAGGACUACAGUAUUCUGUGGAUGUAUACUACUGUAGGCCUUAUGUGACCUCUUGUAAAUCAUGUAAUACUUAAACCUGAUGCCUUAGUCCAGUGGCUCCAAUGAUCAGUAUUAACCCAGACACUACUUCUACUAAGUUCUCUAAAGACCAAAAGUAUAAACAGUUCCACUCCUUUCUUCUCAACAAGACAAUUACAUUGUAUCUCCUGACUAAUGUCUCAACAGACUAUUAUACUUUUAUAUAACUUCUUAUUCUGUAAUGUAUUUGAGUUAGUUAAGAAGGGAUUUUAUUAAAUUGUUCAAAUUGUCA